GUUAAAUGUUUAUAUUUUAAUUCAAUAAGAAUUUAAACUAUCGCUUAUAAUUAUCAUUUGAUUAAUAUUUAGUACAAUUGUCAUAUUUGUCAUAUUCUGUCAACACAAUUUUUGUUUAAAAAGUAGUCUCUGAAAUCGAUUACUUUUACAAAUAAAGUCAUAAGAUAUGGACGCAAAUGAAUUCCGAUCGGCCGCUAAGCAACUCGUCGACUAUAUUGCAGACUAUAUCGAGAAUAUUCGUGAGAGAGAUGUAUUGCCAUCAGUAAAACCCGGAUAUAUCAGGGAACUCAUCCCAGAGACAGCACCUGAAGAUGGAGAGGAAUGGAGCGCUAUAUUUAAAGAUAUUGAAAGAGUUAUAAUGCCCGGAAUGACACACUGGCACUCACCCCACUUUCACGCAUAUUUUCCAACAGCUAAUUCUUACCCUUCAAUCUGUGCUGAUAUGAUGUCCGGUGCACUGGCUGUUAUUGGAUUUACUUGGAUCGCGAGUCCUGCCUGUACUGAGUUGGAGAUGCAAAUGAUGGACUGGUUGGCAAAAAUGCUUGAUUUACCCCAACAUUUCCUCUUUAGCAGCGGUGGAAAGGGAGGCGGAGUAAUACAGGGGACGGCAAGUGAGGCCACAUUUGUUGCACUUCUCGGCGCAAGAAGUAAAACAUUGGCUGAAAACGACAAUAACAAGCAAUUACUGACUAAAUUAGUGGCCUAUGCCUCGGAUCAGUCACAUUCCAGUGUUGAAAGGGCUGGACUUUUAGGUGCCGUUCAGAUGAGACUACUGCCGUCGGAUGAAAGUUUGAGUUUAAGAGGAGAUGUGUUGAGGGAACAGAUUAAGAAAGACAGGGCUAACGGGUUGAUACCAUUCUUCGUUGUGGCCACACUCGGCACCACUAAUACGUGUGCUUUCGAUCAUUUAGUUGAAGUGGGCAAAGUGAAGAGGAGAAUCUAUGGCUACAUAUCGAUGCGGCGUUUGCCGGAUCAGCUUUCAUUUGUCCUGAAUUUAGGCAUCAUUUAAAUGGAGUGGAAUAUGCCUCAUCAUUCAAUAUGAAUCCACACAAAUGGCUUCUAAUAAACUUCGACUGUUCAACACUUUGGAUAAGAAAUACUGAAUAUAUUGUGGACGCGUUUAAUGUAAAUCCCGUAUAUUUGAGACAUGAUAACCAGGGACAAAUACCUGAUUACAGGCACUGGCAAAUACCACUCGGAAGAAGAUUCCGUUCCCUAAAAAUGUGGUUUGUUUUCAGAAGUUAUGGCAUCAAAGGAUUGCAAAACUAUAUCCGAAAACAUGUGGUUUUGGCCAAACAUUUCGAGUCAUUACUCGCCAAAGACGAUCGUUUCGAGUUGACAGCACCGGUAGAGCUGAGUCUCAUUUGUUUUAGACUAAG